UGAAGGUUGAAAAGAUGCGAAGGCCAUAAAGUCUGGCCUUGACUCCACACCCGCUUCCUAAUCGCCGUUGCCGUCUGUUAAUUUCGUGCCGACCCUGAAUUACUACUGCAGUCUGUAGUCAGGAGUUGUCCCUUCUCUCUCCUGAUUGCUCAUACAUAGUAUUCGUCCUUUGUUCAUGAAUGCCAUGACUUUAUGAUAGCACCAUUACUCCGAAAUCGACCCCCAAAAUCCUUCGAAGAUCCCAUCCUCCGGGCGUAGAGCCCUUCAUUAGGCUCCUCAUACACAACAGGCAAUCAUGGCGCAAAGCGCAGUAGGGUCGUAUUCGAACCCUUUGAAGAAGUUCAAACUCGUCUUUCUCGGCGAACAGAGUGGUAUGACCGGAACAGUCCUCUCCCAAGAACAAGUCGCAUUUUGACGCAGGCUACAGUUGGCAAGACAUCUCUGAUCACACGAUUCAUGUACGACUCUUUCGACACAACAUAUCAAGCCACCAUCGGAAUCGACUUCCUCUCGAAAACAAUGUAUCUAGAAGACCGCACGGUCCGACUGCAGUUGUGGGAUACAGCCGGCCAAGAACGAUUUCGCUCCCUAAUCCCAUCAUACAUCCGCGACUCCUCCGUCGCCGUUGUGGUUUACGAUAUAUCAUCGAAAAAGACGUUUGAACAGACGCGGAAAUGGAUAGAUGAUGUCCGGGGUGAGCGUGGUAACGAUGUGAUUGUCGUGCUGGUCGGAAACAAGACCGAUUUGGGAGAUAGUAAACGAGAAGUCACAACGCAGCAGGGAGAAGAGGAGGCGAAAAGGGCAGGCGCCAUUUUCAUGGAGACCAGCGCGAAACUCGGUCAUAAUGUCAAGGCGUUGUUUAGGAGGAUAGCGCAGGCCCUGCCGGGCAUGGAGGGCGAAGACCAGGCGCAGCCUAAUCCGCAAGUGAUUGAUGUUGCGGUCAACAACAAAAAGCCAGCUGACGAUGGCUGUGCAUGUUGAUAUCAUCAUGCACCCUAAGAGCUACGACGUCUUGGUGUGGCCUUCUUGGAUUAGUUCGACACGUGGAAGUCCUGGCGCUGUCAGCUUUGCCCUCAGCCACGGCUUCCCCGAGGCCAUUCGUCCUGUAUGCUGCGCAGAGCAGGCCUUUGGUCGACCUAGUACAUGGGGCUUGACCAAGCGGUCUUUCGAACAACUGCAUUGCACUGAACCGGUGUUUGAAUUAUGUGUUGGGCCACAUGUGAUUGAGCAUAGCAAGGCGUUUUUGGGCAAACCGACUGGGAGGGAAGCAAAAAGCUUAUGAAGGAGAAUCGUGUGCAUAUACAGGUUGAAGUACUUCUAGUAUGACUCUGCAUAAAUGUGACUCGAAGUCUCCACUGUUGCC